AUGGGGGGCUUCAAGAAACUCUUCCAAACUCUAACCGGGAAAAAGAGCGACGGUGCCACUCAACCCGAAGAGCAACCCCAAACUCGACCCAAACCCUGGUCCGGCAUCGACAACACCCAGCCAGCGGGCGAGAACCCCAUCCGCGGCUUCUCCACCGAAUAUCUCGGCGAGCAAAAGUCCAGCAACACGGCCGUCCGCCGGGACCUCGGCUUCGCGGGCCACAUUGGCGGACGGUGGUUCGGCGUGUACGGGGAUACGCUGUGGUGCAGUCCCGGGGUGACGGACCCGGAGCGGGAGCCGGACCCGGAGGGGUUCCACGGGAUGGUGAGGAACUCGGUGGCGAUCUUGACCGGGGAUCCGCUGCUGGUGCAUGAUGUGCAUUUGAAUGGGGAUGAGCCGGUGGCGCAUCCGUUGCAGUUUACGCCGUUUGAGGAGCGGUGGGGGGAGACGAAUAUGUUUGGGUUUGGGGGGACGAGUCUUGUGGAGGUUGAUGGGGAGGGGGAGGGCGUUGGGGCGGUGUAUUAUUUGAUUAACGACCAUGAAAACUAUCGUCAUGCUGGCAUCGCCCGUGUCGAGGUUAUCAACGGCGUUCCCACUACUACCAAGCGCCUCGGAGAACACGGCUGGUGGUGGGAUUGCUCUACGACGGCAAAGUACGGCGACAUUGCUACCUACAGAGACGUAAACAGCGAGUACAUCUACGCUUGGGGCCAUCCACCCAAGACCAUAACAGAGUGGCCGGGGACGGAGUAUAUAUACCAGACUCGGGUCAAGGCAACAGAAGCGUUUGACCUAGACAAGUAUGAAUACUGGUGGGGGAGAGCGAGGGGAUGGCGGAGGGAGAUGUUGAACGAGCAUAAUCCGGAGACGGCGGUGAUGUGGGGAGCUGGACAGGGGCAGGUUGUGUAUAGCGAGUGGUUCAAGUGUUAUAUAUAUGUUCAUUUGAAUGGUCCAAGGGUGGCGUUGAGAACGGCGGUGGAAUUGGAAGGGCCGUGGAGCGAAGAUCGGGAAGUGUUUGAGGCGGAGCCGAUCGAUGGGGGGUUUGUGUAUGCGGGAGUUGCGUAUCCGUUUUUGGAUGAGACGGGGAAGACGCUGACGAUUGCGUAUACGAAUAACAAUCAUAUCCAGGUGAUUCGGGUGACGUUUGAGUGA